AUGCAUAUUUCACAGGAUGCAUAUGGAGGACUUGGCCAGACUGAGAAUAGGCAUGAGGUGGCAAGACAACCCCUGCAUGAAGCAGCUAAAGUUAAGCUGGCAACAUAUGACGGCAGAGAGGACUGGGACUCAUUUUUGCUUCCCUUUGAACGUCAGGCUCGUAAAUGUGGUUGGACAGGGGCGGAGAGGGUAGAUAAGCUUCACGAAUGUCUCCGUGGGGUUGCAAUACGUUAUGUCUGCUUCUUGCCUGAACACAUCCGUGAAGAUUACACUCUCCUCAAAGAGCAGCUUACUCAAAGAUUUGGAGUAAAAGACCCCCCCACCACUGUUCGCAGGAAGUUGGGAGAGCUGCGCCAGUGCAAAGAAUCACCAGCAGAGUUUGCAGAGGAAGUGCGACGCCUGGUGAGUUUGGCAUAUCCAGGAACAGAUUUAUUACUCCAGGAUCAGCUGGCAACUGAUGUCUUCCUGAAAGGGCUAAGGAACCAAAAGGUAGCCUAUGAAGUAAUGAAUCGUGACCCUCCAUCAUUGGCUGAGGCACAAAAGCUCGCUGAAGCCCACGAACACAAUUUUAAAGCAACUCUGGGUCGUGAGGCUGAGAUGAGAGCAGGGAGGGCCCGGCGUAUCUCCUGGGCUGAUGAGGGUGAAAACGUUCCGGACAACUGUUGCCCCACCUCUAGACGCCUCCAGAGCCCAAAGUAUGUAACAGAGGAUCAAUUUAAAAUGCUUAUGGACAAAGUGGAGCAGCUAAAUUUAAAGUUAGAACGCCUUCAGAGCGUGUCAGCUGAUUGUGGAACUGCUACAUCAGUCUAUACCAACAGAAAACAAGAACAAGAAAGUGACAAGAUGGCAUCACGUCAGCUUCCUGCUCAAAAUUCCCGAGCCAGGUCACCAAGCCCAAGCCAAAUGAACAAGCCCAUCUGUUUUCGUUGUGGUGAAACUGGGCAUAUGAUGAGGGAGUGUUCAAGAUCACCAAGUCCAGUUCGACGCAAAAACAAUCCCAGAGAGUCUACUUCUGAAUCUCACAGGGGCAUCGAAAGUAGGGAGGCUCAGCACCUUGCACCACAACUUGGGCGUACAACUAAGAAGGGUCCUAGCUUACAAGUUGAAAUGACUGUCAAUGGCCUACCUGUUAAAGCAGUUGUUGACACUGGCGCAGAGGCCACAGUAAUUUCAGAAGAAGUUUAUAACAUGCUGCCACAGGAAGCAAAGAAGCCGCUCAAGAAAACAUCUCUCCGUAAUGCGGGAGUGGGAAGCAAUAUGCCUGGUUUGGGUGAGUUGGAGGUGACGUUAGGAAUUGGGAAACGCAAGUUCAAUUGGAAGGUCUUUGUUGGCCAGAUUCACGAUGCUCUGCUCCUAGGCCUUGAUGCAAUGCAGGAAGCCAAGAUGACAGUCUUUGCUGGUCGCCAAGUAUUUGUGGGUAAAGAGCCACUCCCAGCUUGUGUCAUUGGAGAAAGCGAGGGUGACUACUCUGUGGCCCGUGUGCUCCUGGAGGACAAUGUUACAUUACCACCAGAGAGUGAAUGCAUUGUCUGGGGAAAAGUUGAUAGACCCAAACCUGGGCUUCCAGCUGUCCUGGAACCACUUAACAUAACAGAAGCUGUCUCAUCAGGAAGUGUUGCCAUCUACAUGGACCCCAGAGUCCCAGUUCGACUUUGUAACUUCUCAAAUACCAACGCAUCACUGUCCUGUGGAGUGUGUGUUGGCAUUCUGGUUGAAACCUUCCCGGAUGACCCCCUUAUAAUGUUGGAUUUGGAUGAUAAACAACAACCAACUAUGGGCGUGGAAGAGAACAGUCAUACGGAUAGACCAAAGGUGGGAAGAGUUGAGAAAAAUGCUCUAGACCUACCAGAACACCUACAAGCCCUCUAUACAACAUCCAGUGAGGCGCUCAGUGAAGAUCAGCGGGUGAGACUAAUUGAGCUUCUCUUAAAAUACCAGUCUCUGUUUGCAGCCAAUGAUUCAGAUCUUGGCCAACUAUCUGCUGUUACUCACAAGAUAAACACUGGUGACGCAAGACCUGUACGGCAGCCAGUCAGACGGACACCAUUGGGCUUUCAGGGUGAAGAUGAAAGGCAUCUCAAGGACAUGUUGGAAGCUGGAGUAGUGGUACCAUCAUCUUCUGAGUGGGCUUCGCCAGUGGUACUCAUUCGCAAAAAAGAUGGAGGGGUGCGCUGGUGUGUGGACUAUCGACGCCUAAAUGACCUCACUCUGAAGGACGCUUAUCCACUGCCGAAGAUGGAAGAGUGUCUUGAUGUGCUAGGAGAGGCUACCAUCUUCUCUACCCUCGAUCUCCAAUGUGGGUACUGGCAGAUUUCUGUAGACCCAAGUGAUCGCUGCAAAACAGCAUUUAUCACCCGUUAUGGCCUCUAUGAAUAUACCAGGAUGCCCUUUGGCCUAUGUAACGCACCUGGCACCUUUCAGAGGGCUAUGGAGCUUGUUUUGCGAGGGUUCCAGUGGAAGAUCCUCCUUAUCUACUUGGAUGACAUUAUUGUACUGGGCAGAGGUGUGGAACAAAACCUGAAACAUUUGGCUGAUGUUUUUGAACGUCUCCAUAGCUACGGCCUAAAGCUGAAGCCAAAAAAAUGUCAACUCCUAAGAGACAAAGUUCUCUUCCUUGGACAUGUGGUCAGCGGAGAGGGAAUAAGUCCCAACCCAGAGCUGAUUAAAGAUAUACAGGAGUGGCAGCCUCCUACUAAUACACAGCAGCUGCAGGCUUUUCUAGGACUAUGCAACUAUUACCGCCGGUUUGUCUCUGGUUUUGCAGAGCUUGCUGCUCCUCUUAACAGUCUCCUGAAGAAAAAAGCUGAGUUCGAGUGGGGUGAGGCCCAGCAAAAAGCCUUCCUGCAACUGAAAGGGGGACUGACUGUCGCACCUGUCCUGGCUUACCCAGCAGCUGAAGGUGACUACAUCCUGGACACUGAUGCUUCCAGUUUUAGCAUUGGUGCAGUGUUGUCACAGGUCCAGUGGGGGGAGGAAAGAGUCAUCGCAUAUGCAAGCAACCACCUCACUCCUACACAGCAGAGAUAUUGUGUGACCAGAAGAGAGCUGUUGGCAAUCGUAAAAUACACAAGACAGUUCCGCCACUUCCUCCUGGGCAGGAAGUUCCUUCUCCGAACAGACCAUGGAAGUCUAGCUUGGCUCUUUCGCUUCAAACACCCUGAAGGCCAACUGGCUCGAUGGCUGGAAGAACUAAGUCAGUAUGAUUUUGACAUUGAACACCGCUCUGGUCUGCAACACUCAAAUGCUGAUGCACUCUCAAGACAGGUUCCAGAUGGGUCAACAAACUGUGACUGUUAUCAAGCGGGCAAGGAUGUAAUGGAGCUCCCCUGCAGAGGAUGUUCUCACUGUCAAAGACUGCACAAACAGUGGGCCAGAUUUGAGGAAGAUGUUGAUGAUGUUGUCCCACUCGUCAUAAGGCAUGUGACAGGGGAAGUUGGAAACAUCACACAGGAGCAGCACCAAGCCGAAGCUGGGAUUCAAAUUCCCCAAAUAAAUUGGAUGCAAACUCUUAGCAGCCAGCAGCUUUCAGCAGCACAGAAAGAGGACACUGUACUUUCCAUCCUACAUAACUGGAAGGAAUCAGGGAGUCUUCCAACAAAGGAUGAAGUUGCGAUUGAGAGCCCAGCAGUUAGAAAAUACUGGCUCUGCUGGCCACAGAUAGAACUCCAUCAAGGGGUCCUAUAUUAUCGCUGGGAAAAUGUGAAUAGCUUAAAACCUUCCCUCCUGCUGUUGGUCCCUGCUUCAUUGCAAAUGGAGGUCAUGCAGGCCUGCCAUGACCCACCACUCUCAGGGCAUCUAGGUGAAACAAAGACCCUUCAACGUCUCAGGCAGAGCUUCCAUUGGCAUGGCAUGGGAAGUGACCUCCAUAAAUACAUCCAACAAUGCCCCCAGUGCAAAGGUCUGAAGUCGAGCAGCCCCUCGAAGAGAGCUAAGCUACAAAGUUACCAGGCAGGAGCACCAAUGGAUCGGUUGCACCUUGACAUAUUGGGCCCCUUUCCCAUCUCAAGCUCUGGAAACAAGUAUAUUCUUGUCAUCAUGGAUCAGUUUACAAGGUGGGUUGAGGCUUUCCCGGUUCCAGACCAAGGAGCAGAAACAACUGCCAGAAUGUUAGUCAACAACUUCCUAGCUCGUUUUGGGGCCCCGUUAGAGCUCCAUACAGAUCAAGGCCGCAACUUCGAAAGUGUGCUUUUCAAAAGAAUUUGUCAACUUUUCCAGAUCUCCAAAACCAGAACCACUCCGUACCAUCCUGCUUCAAACGGCCAAGUGGAACGAUUUAACCGCACCCUUCUGCAGAUGAUUCGCUGCUACGUAGACCAAAAUCAGAAGAACUGGGACGAACAUUUGCCUCUUCUAACAGCUGCAUAUCGCAGUGCACAGAACUCCAGCACUGGAUUCUCACCAAAUAUGCUGAUGCUGGGGAGAGAAGUUCAUCAGCCACAAGACCUCUGGCUUGGCCUUGCAGAACAAACUUGGAGUGAAAAGGACCCCCUGGAGUAUGCUCAUGACCUUGGAAAGACCCUUGGUGAAGUCCAUGACAUGGCACGGCAGCAUCUCCGCGGAGCUCAGCUUAGACAGAAGAGGACCCAUGACCUGCGUGCCAAAGAAUGCAGUUACAACAUAGGGGACCUGGUCUAUGUGAAGGACAAUACAAAGAAGUUGGGGUUUAGUCCCAAAUUGCAGCCCCCCUGGAAAGGCCCAUGCAUUAUUAAAGCCCAGCUUGGACCUGUACUAUAUGAGAUCUUAACGCAACGUGACAAAAAGGUCAUGCACCAUGAUCAGUUGAAGCCUUACACCAGCAAUGUCAUACCAGCAUGGAUCAGACGACAAAGACAUGUGGUCCUUCCUGAGUACCAAGAGGUAGUUCCAUUACCCAAACACAUGACUAGUUCCUCUACACCAGCACCAGAUGAGCUUGGAAGUGACAGCGGAAGGAAAGCUCUGGUUGGGUCUCCGGAACUGCUAAGGCCAAAGGGCAAGCGUCAGGUUGCAGCCCGCAGAAGAAGGCUGGCGAGACACCGGCAGCAAGAUGAACUACAUACCUCCGGAUCUGAAGAAGACAAACAGGAACCCCGUAUUCAAAAGACUCUUAAGGGUCGAGAAAUACGGGUCCCUGCCCGCUAUCAAAAUGACUGGACUGAAUAAGAGAUUAGUUAAGAGAUUAGUUAAGUUGCAGUUCCAAGCAGAAUGUUGUGAAUGUGUAUUUGGUUUGAAACUUAGCAUGCCAGAGUAGUUUGAUGUUCUUUGAAAGGGGGGGUAGUGUAGUGAUUGUGUGUUUCCCCUUAUGCCAGUAUUAUUUCCCGUACUUGCGAGGCUGAUCUGAGGAAGUGCGUUACUGUGCAUUUAUUUCGUUAGCGGAACUCUGCAUGCAGCGGUUGUGUGUUCCAGGGGGAGGGUUUUGUCGAGGGAACUUUGUUUUGUGUUGAUGCUCGCUGACUCUGGUGUGGACGUGUAAAGUUCGUCUGCAUCGGCGUUAGAGCACAUAAACCACUCAGUUGUACUCCUGUUCGCUAUCUUCAUUAAAGGAAGAUCAACAUUAUCUCCUCCUGGAGUGGUUUUU